GAAGUUAUAGAUGCUCGAUCAGUUUGGAGAGUCCGCCUUGUCCGCGCGCUGUUUCGCUCCUUCGCAGAACCGGUGGAGAUAGCAAAGCCCGCCGCCACCGUGAAGCGUCCGCACACACACACACCGCCCCUAGCGUCUCUGGGUCACGGUCUCGCCUCUUGGUCUUUUUUAAAGAAGAGUCGUGAAGGGAUUAAAGAGCAACAUGAUUUGUUGUCAGUCUCUGUAGGGCUCGCUGCACCUGGACUGCCAUUGCGCGGACGGAUCUCGCACCAUCUUUUUGUCUUAUUCAUUUUGUUUCCCCCCCACACCGAGGAUACCUGUACCUCUACUGAUGGAACAGGGUCAUUCAAACGGUCUCCUGCUGGCUCCCAACUCCACGUAGAAUUUCCUGGAAGAUCGAGGCCCUUUCCUUCUCCCCACAAACAUGGACUGUUUCCCCAUGCUUUACUUUCUGUCGAGACAUCAUGAUUCCUGGUAAUCGAAUGCUGAUGGUCAUUUUAAUAUGCCAAGUCCUGCUGGGAGAGAGCAACCAUGCUAGUCUGAUACCUGAAGAAGGGAAGAAGAAAGUGCCGGACCUGCAGGGUCGUUCGGCCGCCCAGAGCCAUGAACUGCUGCGGGACUUUGAGGCCACUCUGCUGCACAUGUUCGGCCUCCAGAGGAGGCCCCGGCCCAGCCGCUCGGCCACUAUCCCCCGCUACCUGCUGGACCUCUACCGGCUGCAGUCGGGCGAGGCCGAGGACGCAGGCGCGCCGGACAUUGCCUUCGAGUACCCCGAGAGGUCGGCCAGCCGGGCCAACACUGUGAGGGGCUUCCACCAUGAAGAACACAUGGAGAAGGUGACGGAGAAAGUGACGGAGAAGCGGCCGCGCCACCGGGAAGCCCCGCCCCUGCGCUUCCUGUUCAACCUCAGCAGCAUCCCCGAGGACGAGCUGCUGUCGUCGGCCGAGCUGCGGCUCUACCGCCACCAGAUCGACGAGGCGGCGGGCGGCGCCCCCUCCGGCCAGGAGGAGGGGCUCCACAGGAUCAACGUGUACGAGGUGCUGAAGCCGCCGCCGCCACCGGCGGCGGGAGGCCCCGGUGGCGGCUCGGGGCAGCUGAUCACCCGGCUCCUGGACACCAGGGUGGUCCACCACAACGCCUCCCGCUGGGAGAGCUUCGACGUCAGCCCCGCCGUCCUGCGGUGGACGCUGGAGCGCCUGCCCAACCACGGGCUGGCGGUGGAGGUGCUGCACCUCAACGCCACGCCGCGUCACCAGGACAAACACGUGCGCGUCAGCCGCUCGCUGCAUCAGGGGGCGGACGAGGACUGGGAACAGCUCCGCCCUUUGCUGGUCACCUUCGGCCACGACGGCAAGGGUCACCCGCUGACGCGACGGGCCAAGCGGAGCCCCAAACAGCGAGGCCGCAAGCGCAACCGCAACUGCCGGCGCCACGCGCUGUACGUGGACUUUAGCGACGUGGGCUGGAACGACUGGAUAGUGGCGCCCCCCGGCUACCAGGCCUAUUACUGCCACGGCGAGUGCCCCUUCCCCCUGGCGGACCACCUGAACUCCACCAACCACGCCAUCGUGCAGACGCUGGUGAACUCGGUGAACACCAACAUUCCCAAGGCGUGCUGUGUGCCCACGGAGCUCAGCGCCAUCUCCAUGCUCUACCUGGACGAACACGACAAGGUGGUGCUAAAAAACUACCAGGAAAUGGUGGUGGAGGGCUGUGGCUGCCGCUGAACUGGCGGCGAACCGGACCCUGGACUUGGACCGGGCGUGCAACAGCGAUGCAAAAAAAAAAAGAAAAGUAAAAAAAAUAAGGACUUUCUUUCACAAGCCCCGCCCAACUUCCAGAAAUGUUCACUUGGACACUAAUUUAUAACGUUUAUGUUGAGAUGUUUUGUUUGUCUCAUUUCUUUGUUUUUCUUGACAAUAUGAUCAUAUAUUUUGACAAAAUAUAUAUAUUUAUAUCUACAUAUAAAAAAAUAAAAAUGAGUCCAUAUUUUAAACCUAAUUAAAAAGCUGUACAACUUUUCAUAAUGUAUAUUAGAUUGUAUGGUUUUUUUAAUGAGAAAAUAGUAAAAAAAAAAAAAAGUUUAAAGUAAAUUCUAUUUACUGGUCAUAUUUAUUGCUUUCCUAUUAUAUUCAAUUUCAUGAAAAAACAACAACAACGUGUUUGGCUUUCCGAUAAUACAUUUGUGCAUAUCACAAGAUGCACUGUAUGAUAUUAAUUAGAGCACUGCGUUAAAUUGUCACAAAACUGUUGAAAAAAUAUACAUCAGUUUAAAUAUUCAGACAUGUAUGUUGAUUUUAAUUGACCUCUUUGCAUAGAUCUUAACUCAAUGAUUUAUUUUAGGUAGGCCCUUUAAAAAUCCAGUUUAUAUACUUGUGAAAGAUCUGUAAAAACUAGUAAAUUUGCAAGGUUUGUAAAAAUGAACUUUUUUUAAUAUGCAAUUGGAUUGAAACUCAUCUUGGCUGAUAUUGAAAUUUGCCUGCUGGCAAUCUAAAUGUGUUUUUGGCAAAAAGAAAAAAAACAGAGAAAUCUUCUCUGUCUUUCCCAAAUAAAAUAACUUUUGUUUAAUUA